CCCCCGCUGCACAGACGGACCGGAUCGUGAGGAUCGUGCGGUACCGGAGCGAUGCAAUCACACGAGCUCACGCAGAUGCUGCAGCGCAGACGGGACGCCACCGAGCGGGUCGCGAGCGCACCGGGGAGCCCGCGCGUGACCGAGGCGCGGCCGGAGGAGCAGGACGCGGGGAUGCGCGCGGAGCCGCGGGUGGAGGAUGCGCGCGAGGAGCCGGCCUGCGCUAACGGCGACGCCACGACCGAGCUCGCGCACAAGCUGAACCGCAGGCUCGAGAUCGGCGGCGGCGCGCGAGCGGGCCAGAUGAAAGUGUUCAACCCCUACACCGAGUUCAAAGAGUUCAGCCGCAAGCAGAUCAAACAGAUGGAGGAGAUGUUCAAAAGGUUCGACUCGGGUAAGGACGGUUACAUCGACUUAAUGGAGCUGAAGAUGAUGAUGGAGAAGCUCGGAGCUCCUCAGACUCACAUCGGCCUGAAAAACAUGAUCCGCGAGGUGGACGAGGACUACGACGGCAAGCUCAGCUACCGGGAGUUCCUGCUGAUUUUUCGGAGAGCUGCAGCAGGGGAGCUGGAGGAUGACGACCCUCUCAUGGCUCUCGCUCGGCUCUCCGAGAUUAACGUGUCCAACGAGGGCGUAAAGGGGGCGCGGGACUUCUUCGAGGCCAAGGCUCAGGCUCUGUCUGUACGCAGUAAGUUUGAGGCCGAGCUCCGUGAAGAGAAAGAGGAGAAGGAGAAGAUGGAGGAGGAACGAAAACAACGACGUGCUGCAUUCAAAGAACUGCAGUCUGCAUUCUGCUCCUGAACACACACACACACACACACACACACACACACACACACACACACUGUACCUCCUGUUGAUAGAUGCUAAAGCUCAUCACUGUAACUGUACCUAACGUAGCUCUCACGCACGCACACACAGCUUUAACGGCCCGGUCACACCAGUUUUUGUAUGCAAAAUUCUGUGUGCAGAACGACAUUUAUUUGAAUUAAUGUUUAUUUUAGAGCUGCAACUUUGCUGCUACCACUAGCAGCAUUUUUGAACCUCCAAAGGCUCAGUGCUUCACAUUUAUAAACAGUUGAUCAACUAAAUGAGUGAUCAACUAAAUAUAAUAUUACUCAACCUGACUAACACAUGGUUUGCAGUCAGUCAGGACGCUGGAGAAGAUGAUUCCAGUGUGUACAUGUAUUUUAUGAUUUUAUGGUUUUUAUUGUUUACGAGGAGAUGAUACCUUGCUAACACUUCCAACAUAGCAAACUUCUGAACUGAUUUGGUCCCCCAAGUACGUUUGAAAAGUUGAAUUGGAUUUAUGAAGCUUGCAAAACCAAAAUUACAUUGAAAAUUGUUAGAAUCUAAAUGGCUGAAAUCAUUUCUGAGUAAAAUCUCCCAGUCUGAGCGUAAUCACUCCCACAAGUUUUAGGUGUGACCGGGCCUCAUGAUGUGAGCUUCCUAUUUUAUUUUUUGGUAGUCAUUCUAUUUUUUAAACAGAUGUAUAAUAUAAGAGAGUAAUUUAGUAAGUAACAAUCAUAGUAAAUUAUAAAUACAUUUAUUUAGAUGUAACAUUCAUAAAUCUGUGAAGUUAAAAUUAUUAGGUUAUUUUUUUAAAUUAGAAAUGAGGGGACAUGAUAUAUAAGGGCACUUAUUACUUUAUCCUUAUUUGUUUGUAACCUUCUACACUACUCAUGCUUUGUUAAAGUUUAUCGUUAAACAAGUA